GGGGGAGUUGGAGAAAGAGGAGGAGGAGUGGGGGGCGCGCGAGGCUCCAGCUGCACAGGAAUCGGCCUCUCAGAUCGCCGGAGGAGAGCGACACCGGACAGACAGCACGCGCGGCGGACUCGGCGUGGCACAGGCGGGCGGCGCUGCGGUUCGGUUCGGCUCGGGCGGUAUUAUGGUCAGCGGCUCUGCGGAGAGACGCCAGCGCACGGAACGCGUGGGUGCGGCCCGCCCGGCCCGCGCUCCCUGACGUGCUGACCGACCGCUCUCUCUCUCCUGCGCGCGCGCGCUCACCCACCCUCCACGCUGGAGCUCACGGGAGAUCCCGCGUUUCCGCGACGCCUCGCGGGGCCCAAACCGUGCCUCAAGCGCGAGAGCAUGGGCCGGUGCGACGGGAGGUGCACGCUGGUGGUCAUCUGCUCUCUGCAGCUGCUGGCUGCGCUGCAGAGGCAGGUGUUUGAUUUUCUGGGCUAUCAGUGGGCUCCUAUCUUAGCCAACUUCCUCCACAUCAUGGCUGUUAUUUUGGGAGUGUUCGGGACGGUGCAGGUCCGCUCUCGAUAUCUUAUCUUGUAUGCCGUAUGGCUGGUGGUCUGGGUUGGCUGGAACUCUUUCAUCAUCUGUUUCUACCUGGAGGUGGGCCACCUGUCUCAAAACAGAGAUUUCCUGAUGACAUUCAACACCUCAUUACAUCGCUCCUGGUGGAUGGAGAACGGGCCCGGCUGCUUAGUUACAACAGUGCCUGACUCGCCUUUGGCUCCACAAGACCACCAUGUGAUCACAGUCAGUGGCUGCCUACUGGACUACCAGUACAUAGAGGUGGUCAGCUCUGCUCUGCAAGUGUUCCUCGCACUUUUUGGCUUUGUAUAUGCCUGCUAUGUUAGCAAAGUCUUCCUGGAUGAUGAGGACAGCUUUGAUUUUAUCGGUGGAUUUGACUCAUAUGGUUACCAGCCUCCACAAAAGAGUUCCCACCUACAGCUGCAGCCUCUCUACACGGCUGGGUAAGAGGACCCAUCCGCUCCCAACUGCGCUGGAGUGGAACAGCAGCAGAUGAGCUCCUGAGAAAGGCCGUUCUGUGCAUUGUGGGAUAUUUAGUGCUCCAAAAUUCAGUCUCUGUGUUUCUGAAACUGUCUCCCUCUGCUGGCAGAAAACAUGAAUUGCGAGCACAGACACUGUGUGUUCAGUGAAUGACUCUGAAGGAGAGGGGCUGUGGGCUAAAGCUUGUACUGCCACACUGUUUAGUGCAUGUUUCCAUAUACACAGGAAGUAAAAGUGCACAAAGUUUUACCCAGAUUAGACCACUUACUACCGAGCCGGGAUCUCUACCACAGAGUACCAGUCCAGUUGCUUUGUUACUUUUUGGAAAGUAAUGUUACGUUUUAAAGCCAUAGUGCAUUGCAGCAGCUGAUCACUCUGACUCUGGUGUGCUUCCACAAUAAUGUGUAACGAUAAGUCCGGAUAUGCUGAUGUUUUUUUGUGUGUUGCACAGUUUUUAAUAGACGCUCACUGACACACACCGGUGUGUGUCCUCAGUGGGUGGACAGUAUGUGCUUUUGCCCAUGGCCUGUGAGAGAGGGGAAGAACUUAAGCAGAACAGUAACAGACAACGCCACAACAGUCCUCGUCGUGUUGCCUACUUUUCUAGGCAUUUGGGGGAAGAUUUGAGGACCACAACAGAUUCUAUUGCCAUGUGUGCGUCUGUGUGUAUACAUGUGUGUAUUUCUAGUGUAUUCACGAGGAGGAUAGCCUUUGACCCAGGUAACCUUUGAACUCUAGUCUGAGCUGUUCAUCAUUUCAGCUCUGCAGUAAGAGUGUGUGCGUGUGUGUGUGUGUGAGGGAGAAGGCUGUUUUUUUCUUUGUACUCUGACUUAAGCCAAUACAGUGUAAUGUGUUAGAUGAAUGUUUUAGGUGGGCUAGUUGUUUAGUCAGGGAAAAGUAGGAUUUUCUGCAUGUAAAUAUCAGACUGAUUGUAGAGUGGAUGCACAUCAGGGUGGCCCUCACUUGUGGGAGUGUGUGUGUGGGGGGAGUGGACUAAAAGUAUGUGCUUGUGCACAUAAUGAAUGUGAGUAGCCAUAAAUGUUUAUUAGUAAACAUCCAUAUGAAGAAUGUAUGUUAAUGUAUAUGGCUAGUGUGUGUGUGUGUGUGUGUGUGUGUGAGGGGCAUGUCUGCGUGGUGUGUUGGUUGUUGGAACUAAUAAACUCUUUCUAGAUUA